GACAUGGAUGCCUGGCUCAGAGGCAUUACAGACUGCCUCACACCAAAGACAAUUGAACUGUUAUUAUUUUUAAUAAUAAUCAUAAUCCUGAGAAGAUUCCUGACACAUGAUUCAAGCCAAAACCAAAGCCAUGUGGAACUAACCAAAAUAACCUGUUCCCUAAGCAAUGCCUUCACAGCCCAGCUAAAGCUAAGCCACCAGCACGUCACCCACCUUCAGGAGGAGCUGACACGUGCCCAAAGCCGCAUAGACAAGCUGGAAGUGAAAGUCCAGGACGACCUCAAGACCACCGAGUUCCUGAGAGAGCUGACGCACACUCAACACUGCAAAGACCAGCUCAAAGCGUCCGACGAAGCGGAGCAUGAAACAAAGACCCAAGUUGACAAGCUCCAAGAAGCCCUUGCAGUCACUGAACGUGACAAACAAGAGUUAAAGACUGUCCAGAAGCACCUGGAAAACCAACUCCAGUCUGCUGAACAUCAGCUAGAGAAAGCCAAAGCUGACAUUGAAAGUAAGAACUCUAAACUCACUGCUCUGGAAGACCACCUGCGAAGGUGCAGCGUUGAAAUUGACCAUCUGACCCAACAGCGAGACGACGCCAACGACGAGCUCUACGCGGUCAGAAAUGAACUCCAACAUGUCUUUACACAGAAACCAGAGCCAAGAAGGGAGAGACCUCCCUCAGCAUCAUCACUGCUGAGCAGAACAGAGUCCUCCAUCCAAGAACUGUCAUCCUACGGAAGAAGUGAAUGGCCACACCCCAAAACGUCACCGGCCUUCACCACAGAACUCUUCCCUGCCAACCAACAAAGAGAGAUCAUCCAGCCAGACUCCAAAGCUGCAACUGGAAUGACCUUCAAAGAUCUCAACCAGCUGGCUAAGAACAUCACCCAGUUCGACCCGAACUCCACGGAGGGCCACUGCAUCCAGGCCUACCUCCAAGAUAUCGACUUCCUCCUAGAGGUGAGACCACAUAUGACUGACAGAGACAUUUUAUACCUCCUCAGAUCCACAUCCAGUCAAGAGGUACGAAGCGUCCUAGACCGACAACCUGCUCAUGUCAAGUCAAACUACCAGCUGCUACGUGAGAUCCUGAUUAAAGAAUUUACAAGUCCAGAGUCAGAACAUGGUGUGUUAGUCGCCUUGGAAACCAGACAAGGUCGUCAAGAGACUCCCCAAGCCUAUUAUCACCGUUUCCGACAAGCCUACUUCGGUGCACAUAGCAAACCUGAAUCUGAAGAGGAUCUGAACUUCAAAACCCUCUUCCUGAGAAACCUGCAUCCAGGACUGAGUCGUCAUCUCGGCAUCAUGGCCUGCCCAGUCACCAUGACGCUUCAACAGCUACGUGACCUGACACACAAGGCCUACAUCAAACAAAAGAUGACUUCCAAGAAAGGUUUGAAAACAUCCACAGUGUCAAACUCCAGCAGCCAAGACACAAGCCUUGCACUGGAAGACACCCAGUGGCAUGACAACGCCACAGUCCUUCAUCAGGAGCACAGAGAAUGCUACUCCCAUGCUAACGACAGCGACCACUCCAACCACGUGGAAAAGUCAUGGGACCCACCAGAAGGAAACAACUGGAAUCAACGAGUGCAUCCAAAAGCAUUCUAUGUGGGUAAGCGACAACGAAACCCACCUCCACACCACACUGAGUGUGUCCAAGAACACGACAGUCUCCCCUCAGAGGACAUGGAGCGACUACUGAGUCGACUGCAAGUGUUCUUCAAAGACAAGCUGAACACAGAAGACCAGUGAUCACCUUGCACACCUUCCUGAGACGUCCACCUGUUCUACAACAACACAGAACAAAGUGGCCUCUCACAGUCAACCACUGACAAACACCCAGAGGUACCAGAAAACACCAUCCUGGUUACCCAUCACACCACAAGCUCCAAACUCAAGAACCAUCUGUGUGCUGCCGCAACACCAGUAAGCACAGAAGUCAGACUGUCUGUCACAACCAGAAGGCAUCACAAGUGGAAUGCAACAAGGAGACCAUGUUUUGCACUACAGCUUCACGCAUCCGUGCCAAACCACCUCCCAAUGUCUGCCAGAGAACUUCCUGCCUUACUGUACUGACCCCCCAUCAGAUCACAGAAGAUCCCUUUCCAAGGCAAAGAUGCGACAAGCUCAUCAAAGCUAAGCCAUUAAGCAAAGGGGGGAGCAAAACAGACUGAGACAGAUCUGACAUACAUACAGCAUACAUACAGUACAUGCACUACACUACACUGUACUGACAUACACAAGUUAAACACAUCUACCAUGAAAACAUUCAACAAACAUGUUUUUCAUUGUAUUAGCUAACCUUUCCACCACAGGAAACAUAUAGCGAUACACCCAACAAGUAUAACACCUCUCAUUACAUGUUGACACCUGUCACUGCAUCACAGUACCCAUACUGGAGUCACUCAACUGCUUUGUUUUGUUUUACCUCUUCCUUCCCUUCUUCUCUUAUUAGGUAAAAUCCCUUUUACCCCAUAAGGGUCAAGGUUACAAUAUAAGGAUUGACGCACCACGCCUGACGUUUGCAAGUCACCUUAGAACGAAUGUUAGCCAGAGAACUCCCUGCAUCAUUCGAAUCAAAAUUUGGAAGCGUUCAAUGAUGUCUUCUUCUCAACCCAUCAUCGAUCGAGGGGGGAAUAUGUAGAGAAUCGAGGCGAAUCAAACACAACUUAAUCAAAUUGAUCUCUCAUGGGAUUAA